AUGCGAAGUUCACGCUCGGCUGCUCCGUCGGGCUCCGGCGGGAGGAAGAGAUCAGCAGAAGAAUUGACCCCCCCACCGUCACCAGCAACCAAGCUGAGGGCCGAAGCCAAAGUCGCCGACCUGGUCGAGCUCAUCACGAACCAGAACAUCCCCGUCUACACCGACCCGGAUCCGGAAUACUUUCGAUCUAUUGCCGUUGCCAACCGUCUCUUCCGCUUCGCGCAGCCUGCCUUGGUCGUCCAUCCGCGCACCACUGCCGACGUGGAGUAUAUCAUCAGGCAGGCGAAGCGCGCCCAUAUCCCGGUCACGAUCAAGAACGGUGGCCAUGCCUACUCGGGCUCGUCCGUUGCGUUCAAGGGCCGCGUAUUGAUCGACAUGCAUCUCAUGAGCGCCGUCAAGCUUGACAUGGCGUCGAAGACUAUCCGUAUCGAAGGAGGCGCGCUGUGGGGGCACUGCUAUAAGCCUUUCGUUGUCGGGGAGCACAUUGACGGGUACACGAUCAAUGGUGGACGAUGUCCUGGGGUGGGAGUCGCGGGAUUCUUGAUGGGAGGAGGCAUUGGCCCCUUCACCCGGUCGUUUGGAAUGGGCUGCGAUAGGUUGCUGCAGGCUACUCUUGUCACUGCCAACAGUGGAACGGUGACUGUCAAGGCAACCGAUGAUCCCAGGUCCUCCCGAGGGAAGCUCUUCUGGGCGUUGUGCGGUGGGGGCGGCGGCAACUUUGGCGUCGUUGUAGAGCUCAAGAUGGCGGUAGAGGAGUUGAAGAACCCGACCUUGGUCAACACUAGAUUCACGUGGUAUCCGAAAGACUUGGAGACAAUGACCGUCACCAUGAAGCAAUUCUACAAGCACAAAUGGUCUAACGAGAUGACCAUUGACUCAACUUGGCUAUGCGAUCAUAGACCCCGUGUCACCAAUCUCCCCGGCCACAUGGCUGUCCGCUUCGUCGCCAACUUCAACGGCACCGGCGCCGAGUUCGACAGGCAGAUCAGGCGGGCCAUCAAGGAGCCAUCGCUGCUCGAGCUGUUCGACGAGCGAAAGAUACAGGAGAAGUCUUCCCAGUUCCUGUACGAGUCGCUCGAUGACCAGUGGCGAGAAGAAGGCCGUCAGGUCAAGCCCGCCAACCCGAGCUGGUCCAUCUACACGUCUUUUGUCUUUGGCAAUGACGCGGCGACCAUCACCCAGGUCACGGCGAUCAUCAAGUCCGAGCUGGCCUGCUUUAAACACAAGUACAAAGGGCAGGAGGUCCUGGCACAGAUCGCGUUCAUCCACACGGGAGGCGAGGCGAGCCGGCGAUCUUCGACUGCAACGGCUUUCCCCUGGCGUGAUUCGGUCUACCAAGCCUACAUCAUGGUCUCCUGGGACGAGCCCGAAGCCAAAUGGAUGGAACACGCCAUGCGCUCCUUCCUCCGGAAGUUCAAGGCCCAGCUCCAACCCUUCUCGCAGUUCGGCGGCCGCGCCGCCUUUGUCAACUUCCCCGACAGCAGCAUCGCCCGCGAGCACCACGAGAACGCCUACUACGGCCCCAACGCCGCCCGCCUGCAGGCCGUCAAGGCCCUCUGGGACGCGGACAACUUCUUCGACUGGCCGCAGGCGGUGCGGCUGCCGAUGUUGGAUGUGCUGGAGAUUAGGGCGAAUGUGGAGGAGUUGGAGGAGGAGGAGGAGGAGGAGGAGGGUGAUGCGCCGCUGCCGUUGCCGCUGCCGUUGCCGAGAUUGAGGGCGAGGGGGAGGGGGAAGGGGAAGGGGAGGGGGAGUGGGAGUGCUGUUGGGGAAGGAAGUGGUGGUGGAGAGCAGGCCCAGGCCCAAGCCCAAGCCCAGGCCCCCCAGGCCCCCCAGCAGCAGCAGCAGCAGCCAACGCAUGACUGGGAAUGCUUCCGAGCGAAAAGAAACGAGGACUUCAACGGGAAUCAGAGGGAUACUACGUAA